CGGGUGAGGCACGACGGAUGACGGCAGAUAUGGAAUUCUGUAGUGCUUGGAGUCCGUUUAUGAUAUCCUUAUGAUUGUGUUCGAGCGUACUACUUUCCUACCACAGUGAUUCAGCUUAAAACCUCUGCUGGAGAUUCAACAGUCAUGCAGCACACAGACAUGUCUGCCGCUGGCAUUUCAACAGCACCUGUGGUCUGGGACCAGUGGCUUUGCGAGAUCGAGCAUUUUUGGCAGAAUGAGGCAAAAGAGGAGGUUGCACUGUCAUUAGCCAGAGCCUUCAACUCUGUGGCACCUCGUGACCUUCAUGCCUUUGUCCUUCACCUCUUGGACAAGAGUCAAGAUCUGCGUCGCAUGAAGCCAUCAUCUCUUGGUCUCAUCAUUUUGCAAGAGUUCUCUUGGUGGGUGCAGGAAAAAAGACAGCGGCUACCUAAGGACUUGUCCGGCAUUAUCACAGAUGGGAUGAAAUUGCAGGCUCUACGGCUUGCCACCAGCGCACACUUCAAUCUCUUUGACAUGAUAUGCAUCCUGUACCAUCUCCAAUGUGAAGGAAAUGAGUAUCUUGCCACACAUCUCAGGAUACUCUUAGCAAGGAAGCAGUUCAAAGAGGCAGGAGUGGCUGCCUAUAAACUUAAACUUCAACACUGCUUCAAAAUUGAAGAGAUUUGUCUGCCACUGAUUUUUCAAGACAAAGUGAAUUUGGUGGAGAAAUACAUGCAGGACAGCAAGAAGACCCAGGUGGAGCUGCUACAGAGACUAGAUUCUUUCUGUGCCAAGAACUUUGAUCUUCAACAAGUCAUUGCCAACUUGGAUGUUCCAGGAGUAAGGAAGGAGAAAUUGCGCCCAAAGAAUCUAAGCAAGCUAAUUGUGCGGCUGGCAAAGCUGUUUAAGCUAGACCUCGCCAUUUGUCCAAACACCAGCUUCCACAGAGAUCUAGCAGCUGUCCGGUUCCUGUUGUAUAAGAAGUAUAUUGAGCAAACUUUGGAUGCUGAGAACUGGGAUGAGCUGAUUUGCAACACGAUCCGAGACAACACGGCCCUGCAGGAAGAGUUUAUCAACCUGCUGAUGGAGUACAAUGACCCGCCAGCUGCUGCUAAGUGGGCAGUGCAUUAUGGGAUUGAUCAGAGCAAACUCGCAGCCGACGUUGCAGGAGCGAUUGAGAUGCACAAUGCAUGUCCUCCUCCCUCUGAUGAGCCAGACAACUGGGAUGUUGAUGCACUGACACCCCAGGUGCCGUUCUAUCAACUUAACCUGCCCCUUGGGAGCAUUGUCAUGGUCGAUAACUUUCAUUUACUCGAAGUGUGUGAGAGGCACAUAACUCAGGAGGACAAGCUUAUUGGUAUAGACAUGGAGUGGACACCUUGCUUUACUGCAACCCAAACCACAAGGGUUGCUAUUGUUCAGCUGGCCACCUUCAGCCGGAUCUACCUACUUGAUAUGCCAGCACUGAUGGCAAGCGAGGCUGAUAUGGUGGUAAUCUUCUUCCACAGCUUCCUUUCAAGCUCUCGGGCUCUCAAGCUCGGCUAUGGCAUCAGCGGUGAUUUCCAGAUGCUAACCAAGUCUUACCCCAGCCUCAAAGGGGCAGUUUCGGCAGUCCAGAGACUGGUGGAUCUGUGCUCCCUGACUGAGCAGAUUCUGAAAGCUGAGCCAGACUUCCUGAAGCGACCAGAAGCAUCAGAGACAGACCCCAGUAGUUCUUCCGUGAAGGGCUUGAGCGAGUUAACCCUGAUGUGUUUCGGCCGAGCUUUGGACAAGAAGGAGCAGCUCUCUGAUUGGGAGAAGCGUCCUCUGAGAUCAUCCCAACUUCAGUAUGCAGCAUUGGAUGCCCUCUGCCUGCUAGAGAUCUACUCAUUUCUGAAGGACAAAGUCCGUGAUGCUUGGUUAGACAUCAACAUGGAGCCUGCCUACCAGUCUGGGAUGGCCAAGCAACCCAAAUCCAAAAGCAAGGAACCCAAGAAACCCAGGAGUAAAGUCAUCUCACAAGGCUUCAAGAGUUCGAUACAAGGACCCAAUCAGCCACUACGUCCUGGGGAGUUUUCUGUGGUCUGUGACACCAUGUUACAGGGUCUGGGUCGGCAGCUCAGGGCAUGUGGGGUGGACACAAAGAUUUUGGACAAUGCAGAUGAGCACGAUGAAGCUGCAAAGAUUGCAGUCAGGGAAGGUCGUAUAAUUUUGACAGCCGGAACACCAUACCAGACUUUAAAAUCUCAGGUGGGUGAAGGACGAUGCCUGAGUGUGGACACAAAGUGCAACGCCAGACAGCAGGCCAUUCAGGUCUUGGAGUAUUACAAUGUACGAGUCAGCCAAGAGGAUGUCUUCAGCCGCUGCCAGGCCUGCAACAAUGAUGCCUAUGUCCAGAUAAGCAACGAAGAUAUGAGGAGGCUUUGGCUGAAAAAGAAGGAGUUACUGGGUGUGGAAGGCACUGCCACUGAGAUUCCAGUAAGCUCAGAAGGUAUUGCCGCUGAGAUUCCUCCCAGCAAGGAAGAUACUAAAGCUAAGGCUCCCUCAUCAAUUGCCCACAGUGGAUCUGCAAAAUACCUGACCAGCCCUUUACAUGAGUAUGAUUCUGAUUCUGAUGAUGAUGAUGGAGGUUUACUCCUUGAUUCGGAAGACUUUGAACAUGGCCCUGAGGACUACUAUGACAUAGCCCGCCCAACGUUUGAGGCAAAGUCCUAUGUGAAUGAAAAGGUUGUAUCGUCAAUGUUGUCAGAUGGAGCAUCGUCAGUCCCGCAAGUUGCCAAUCCAUCAUACCUUCCAACUGAAUCCACACUGUCUAAGACAACUCAUUUGACUGAUUUUCAGUUUGAUCCCUUCCUAGAAUCUACUGGAGAGGGGUUUGUGGCAGUGCCAGCAACCUCACUGAUUUUGAGGAGGUCCAAUCCACAUUACAAGCCACCAGUUGAUUGUGACCUUCAGGAGACCAUUAACUUUGACACGGUGACUGUUGGAAAUAACGUCCCACUUCAGGUUGAACACAUCAGAGGAGAAAUCUUGCAAAAGGUUCAAAACUUCUUCUGCUGUUCUCGCUGUGGCAAGACCUUUUGGGAAGGGACGCACUUCGAUCGAGUGGUCUCUCAAUUUUCUGACAUUUUAGACUUGUCAAGUGAGCCUAAUGUAUAGUCCACUUGCAUUUAGAGAAAAGAUCUUUCCCUGAAGCAGUCUUACCUUUGAGUUCUUAGUGAAAUAAUUACAGAUUUGAAAAGAUGUAUAUUGUGGAUCGAUCAUUGCAUUUUAAAUCAACUGCUUCUUCAAAUAAAAGUAAAAUGAUAUUUUGUACUAAAUGAUUCCAAAGCUUUGUCAGUUUUAAGUUAGAAAUAUACCGCACACUGGUAUGCAAUCAGUGACAAUUUGCCAUGAUAGUUUUUAGCUCUGUCUGCAAUACAAACAAGUUGUAAAUAAGGCCAUAUGUUCUGUUCUGUUCUGUUCUGUUGUUCUUGCCACUGUUUUUUAUUAAUGUGAUUGAUUGGGAUAUCUCUUAUUGUUCCAUGGGUCAGGCUAUUGUUUUUACCUUCAAAAGAGAUACAAUUACAGUGAGUUUGCAUUUGCACUUAUGUUGAUAGUUACAUGCAUAUGAGACCCCAAUCUUACAGUCGCCCAAGUAAUUUCUGAUUAAAAGCUUUUAAAAGAAUCAUUUAAAAUUGGAACCCUCAACAUUUUUACCAGAAUGCCAACCUGGGCGAUACAUCUGAAUGAAGAGCUCAGUUUCUUAUUUCUAUACGCGCUAAACAGAAUUUCUGGGAAAAAGUGGCCUUUAAAACUCAUGAUGUUGGAUGUGGUCGGGUAUAUUUUUUAACUUGUCUUGAUAUUUCAGUCAGUUUGACAUGACAUGACCUGACAUCACUGAACAAAAUUCAAGCUCAUCGUUUAAGAUGUUGGCACAGCUGACUUUCGUGCCAAGUUCUUUUAAUUCAAUAACACAGGUUUUGGAGCCUAAGUGAGGGUUUUUCAGGAAUGAGUAACAGAGAAUUGGAAAUAUGCAGUUAGUAAUAUUUCCCUGCCACAUAGCCUGAGCAUAUUAGCAUGUGAAUCAUAUUUCAUGUCAAAUACGGAUAGUGUCAAGGUCACUUUUACAAGCUUGACACACUCUGCCCUUUGACCAUUUAAAUAACAGUUAUCGUGUGAUGUAGUAAUGAUGUAUGAUUAUUAAUGCUAUUUUCUUUUUUUAAAAAACAAUGACAAUUUUCUCAAAUUUUCAUUCCUUCAACCUUUUUUCAAGUCUAAUUGUGUUAAGUUGGACUCUGAAGGGUGCUGAUUAAUUAACAGUCACAUAUGCAUGUUAAGAAUUUUCAUAAGCGGCUUAGCUUUCAAAAUUAUAAGUCUGUACCCAGAGAUGUUACUUCAAUUUUGUAAUGAAUGAAUAGACAAUGGACAUUGUACCAAAAAGUCGAAUUUCAUUUUUGGGGAGGGUUUUAUGCUUAUAAUAAAUAAAAUGUGACUUGGAUACAUA